AUGCUCACCCGCUGGAUGACCCUGCUCACGGCCGCCGUCGCCGGUCUGGCGACGGCCGGGCACGCGAUGGACAUCAGCCAGGACCUGAGCGAGGAGCUGGCCAUGGGAUGGAAGAUGGGCCUGCGGCCGCGGCAGAACGCGCAGAACCUGCAGUUCUUCGACGGCAAGGUGGGCGGCGCCGGAGCGCCUGGGCCCGACUUUGACACGGCGGCCGGCCGGGCGUGCGACAACCAGAAGAACGACUGCGCCAGGCUGGCGAACAGUGGCGGCGGAAACUUUCAGGUCAGCGAUUGUGACAAGCAGAACAACGACUGCAAGCAGGGCAUCAGCCAGGCGGCGCAGAAGAGCUUUGAUCAGAAUGCUGGCGGCGGCGGCGGUGGCGGCGGCAACAACAACAACAACAAUAAUGGCGGAAACAACAACAACAAUAACAGCCCGACGCAGCCUGAGAGGGCGUUGGUGAGCUCUGAUGCCAACUUUGACUACUUCUGCGAUGUUUGA